GGCAACAAAAUUUGUACUGCCAAAGAAAACCAUUAAAUAAAUCAUUUUCAACAAGUAAAGACGUGCAAUUGCGCGUAGUUUUGAGGCAAAGUGCAUUGAGAUUGGUGGCAAUUGGAUUUGAAUUGUGUUUAUAGUAUUCAAGAAAUAUAGAAUUGUUAAGAAGUAAAGACGUGCAAUUGCGCGCUUAGUUGCUUUGAGUCAAGUGCAUUGCAAUUAAAAUUGAAUUGUUGUUUAUUUAAUAUGCAACAAUAAGUGCAAUAUAGAAUUAAGUUCUAAAGUGUUUAAAAGUGUGCAAUAUGCAGAAACAAAAACAAUGCGCAUUGCUGUUCUUGGCAGCGCUAUUGUUGUUGUUACAAACAGUGAACGCCAAGUCAGAUGCUGAAGCCGUUGAAGCUGCCCCAGAAGUUGUUGCAGCUGCAACACAUGCGAAUUUAAAUGAUAAAGUCAAAGUCUUCACUGUGGCAACAGAACCUACAGAUGGCUAUCGUCGCUAUAUACGCUCAGCGAAUGUCUACGAUAUUGAGGUGACUACGCUAGGACUGGGCGAGGAAUGGAAAGGUGGCGAUAUGAGCAAAGCUGGUGGCGGCUUCAAGAUAAAUCUCUUGCGCCAAGCUAUUGAGCCACUCAAGGAUGCACAGGAUACCAUCAUAUUGUUCUCAGACAGCUAUGACGUCAUUAUUUCCGCAACACUGGCAGAAAUCGUGGAAAAGUUCAAGGAGUCUGGCGCCAAGCUGCUCUUCUCAGCGGAAAAAUUCUGCUGGCCCGAUCUAAAGCUCACCGAUCAGUAUCCUGAAGUGGAGGGCAAGGCAUCACGCUUCUUAAACUCAGGCGCCUUCAUGGGCUACGCACCGCAAGUGUAUGCGUUGUUAGAAGAGCCCAUAGAGGAUACUGCCGAUGAUCAGCUGUACUACACCAAAGUGUUUCUCGAUGAGGCCAAGCGUGCCAAGCUGGAAAUGAAGUUGGAUACGCAGUCGCGUCUGUUUCAAAAUCUGCAUGGCGCCAAGAAUGAUGUAAAGCUGCAGGUGGACUUGGACAGCAAUCAAGGCACGCUGCAAAAUAUAAACUUCAUGACCACGCCAGCCAUUAUACAUGGCAAUGGACUGAGCAAAAUCGAGCUGAAUGCCUAUGGCAAUUAUUUGGCCAAAACUUUUAAUGACGUCUGCUUGGUUUGCCAAGAAAACUUGCUGGACUUGGAUGAAAGCAAGCUGCCAAUUAUAACGCUGACCAUAAUGGUGCCGCAAGCUGUGCCUUUCUUUGAUAUGUUCCUGGCCAACAUUGAGAAGCUUAACUAUCCCAAGGAUCAUAUGCAUUUAUUUAUGUACAGCGCAGUGCCGCUACAUGAUGAACUAAUCAAGUCCUAUGCUGAGCAGCAGGGCAAGCAAUAUGCCAGCGCCAAGUAUGUGCUAUCUACGGAUCAAAUUGAUGAGCGUGCGGGCAGACAAUUGGCACUCGAUAAGGCCAUAAUGCAGCAUAGUGAUUAUAUAUUCUCUGUGGAUGGCGAUGCGCAUAUCGAUGACGAAGAAGUGCUGCGUGAGCUGCUGCGCCACAAUAAGCAAUUUGUGGCGCCUCUCUUCUCCAAAUAUCACGAGCUGUGGAGCAACUUCUGGGGCGCGCUCUCCGAUGGCGGCUUCUAUGCACGCUCUCAUGACUAUGUGGACAUUGUAAAGCGUGAUCUCAUCGGCAUAUUCAAUGUGCCACAUGUGACCAGCAUUUAUUUGAUCAAGCACAGCGCCUUCGAUGUCAUCAAGUACGAGCAUCGCGACUUCGACCCCGAUAUGGCCAUGUGUGCAUCUCUACGAAAUGCGGGCGUCUUUAUGUAUUUGAGCAAUCAACGCUAUCAUGGCCAUCUGGUUAAUGCGGACAAUUUCAAUACCACCGUUGCACGUCCUGACUUCUAUACUCUGCUAAGCAAUCGCUAUGACUGGACCAUAAAGUACAUACAUCCGAACUAUUCGCUACAGCUGAAUGAGAGCUAUGUCCUGCCACAGCCCUGCCCAGAUGUCUAUUGGCUGCAAAUCGUUACCGAUGCCUUCUGCGAUGAUCUGGUGGCUAUAUUGGAGAACUACGGCAGAUGGUCUGAUGGCAGCAACAAAGAUACUCGCCUGGAAGGUGGCUAUGAAGCUGUGCCCACACGUGAUAUUCACAUGCGCCAGGUUGGCCUGGAUGCACUCUAUCUGAAGUUCUUGCAAAUGUUUGUGCGUCCGCUACAGGAGCGCGUCUUCACAGGCUAUUAUCAUAACCCACCGCGCUCGUUAAUGAACUUUAUGGUGCGCUAUCGACCAGAUGAACAGCCUUCGCUGCGUCCACAUCACGAUUCCUCCACCUACACCAUCAACAUUGCUAUGAAUAGCGUCGGCGUUGAUUAUGAGGGCGGCGGCUGUCACUUCUUGCGCUACAACUGCUCGGUUACUCAAACUAAGAAGGGCUGGAUGCUGAUGCAUCCUGGUCGUCUAACUCACUAUCAUGAGGGUCUACUAGUUACCAACGGCACGCGUUAUAUUAUGGUGUCGUUUAUUGAUCCAUAGAUCAAGCGUGUAUAACUAUUUUGACAAUUAUGAACUUUAAACUGCCAUAUAACGGCCAAUCCAAAGAAUUUAGGCAUAGGCCUUAUCAUAAGCAACAAAUCGAAUCAAAUUAACUCUAGUUUUGGGCAUGUGUUCCACCAUUUGCCUUUUGUUUACAAUUUAGUUGAGUAAAGUUCAGCAUACUAUGAAUUGUAACUGUUGGGUCUGACAAGCACCUUAUUUAGUUUUAAGUUUGCAGUAAGCCUGUUUUUCAAAGUGUAUUCACUUACAGAACAAAUAAAAAAGCUACUCUUAACGAACAAA